GACAGGCAGGCGGACAGACACCUCCCGCGGUGCUGCUGAGGGACAAAAUGUGGCUGCGAGAGGAGCUUUUGAAAUCCAUAUGGCACGCAUUCACAGCCCUGGACGUGGAUCAGCGUGGAAAAGUCUCCAAAUCUCAGUUAAAGGUGCUGUCUCAUAAUCUGUGCACAGUGAUGAAGAUCCCACAUGACCCCGUGGCCCUUGAAGAGCACUUCAAAGAUAAUGAUGAUGGGCCUCUCUCCAACCAGGGCUACAUGCCUUACCUCAACAGGUUUAUUCUUGACAAGGCAUGUGAGGAUUUCGAUGUAAUGGAGUUCAACAGGAUGUGCUGGACACUGUGUUACAGGAAAAAUAUAUACACCAAACAUUUACUCAUCUCAGAUAAUGACGCUUUCAAAGUCUGGUGCAUUUUCAACUUUCUGUCAGAGGACAGAUACCCGCUAAUCAUCGUCAUGGAAGAGAUCGAAUACUUCCUGCGAAAGCUCACGGAGGCUGUGGGCACUGCUUGGAGUAAAGAGAACUUUGCCGAAUAUAAGCAGCGUCACAACUCGAAGAACUGCCUGACUGUCUGGGAGCUGAUUGAACUGGUGGGAAUGGGUUACUUCAGCAAAGGCAUAAACCGCCAGACCCUGUCCAUGGGCAUCAAUGAGGUCUACAACGAACUCAUACUGGACAUUCUCAAGCAGGGAUACAUGAUGAAAAAGGGGCACCUUAGGAAGAACUGGACCGAGCGCUGGUUCAUCCUCUGCCCCACCUCACUGUCAUAUUAUGUCUCUGAGGAUCUUGAGGAGAAGAAAGGAGUCAUAAUUCUGGACCAAAGCUGCUGUGUGGAGUCUCUGCCAGAUAAAGAAGGGAAGAAAUGCCUUUUUAUUAUAAAGUGUGCUGAUAAAAGCUUUGAGAUCAGCGCGUCAGAUAAAAAGAAGAAGCAGGAAUGGAUUCAAGCUAUUCAAACGUGCAUUAAGCAGCUGAGGCUGGGGCUGUUGUCUCCUCACCGCGAGGCCCGGCUGAGGCGCAGGGAGCUCCGGGAGAGGCAGCAUGUGGAGGAAGAGGACCUGGCAGAGAGGAUGAGGCAGCUCCAGGCAGCCAAUGAGAGCAAACAGAGAGAGCUGGAGGCCAUGAGGAUGAAAAUGGAAGAGGCUGCAGCUAAAGCAGCACUGGAGGAGCAGAGGAGGAAACAGAGUCAGUUAGAUCUGCAAGAUCGCUACAGACUGGACUUGGAGAGAGAGAAAAUGGUACGUCAGCAGAUGGAGGAGCAGGUGGCUCAGAAGUCCAGUGAACUGGAGCAGUACCUGCAGCGUGUCCGAGAGCUGGAGGACAUGUACCACCGGCUGGAGGAGGCCUUAGAGGAUGAGAGGCAGGCCAAGCAGGAUGAGGAGGCCAUGCGGAAGCUGCAGGCCAGCUUGCUGGAGGAGGAGGCAGCCAAGAGGGCAGAACUGGAGCGGAUCCAACUGCAGCAGCAGAGGGCGCUGUCUCAGACCGAGGCAGAGAAGCAGGAGCUGAUGGCCGAGCAGCUGGCCAAGGAGAGAGACCUGCAAGCAGCCAUGCAGCAGCUGAACAGGCUGGAGAGGGAGCGGGAGGGAGCAGUGAAGCAAUAUGAGGAAGUGUCGAGGAAACUUGAACGAGCAGCUAACAAGACUAAGACCUGGAAAGACAAGGUGGCCAAGCAUGAGGGGCUGGUGCGUCUUAUCCAGCCAGGCCAUAAAGGACCACAGAAGAUCACUAACUGGGGUCCGGCAGCAGUCACUGACGCUGAGCUGGAGCUGAAGAAGAAGUUGUGGCAGGAGAGUAAGAACCAGGGAGCUCAGGCUCAGUGAAUUAUGGAUGGAUAAUUUAAUGAUCAGAAAACAUCUGGCUGUGUCCAAAAUCACCCCACUGUUCACUCCUUUACUAGUUUCUAUAUAAGAGACACUAUCAGGCAUAGACAACUUGUUUGCAGGCCAGGUACUUAAAAAAAAUUCAUAUUUAUUUGGAUGAAGUAAUAAAUAUUAAAAUGCCCAUAACUCAUCAUGACUUAUUAACUACAAUAACUUGGUACAUGGACUGACACUAUAGGCCUGUUUGAUGGAUAAAUUCUAAAUUUUAUUGCAUUCAGUACUUUUAUCUGCAAAUUAUCAUUUUAUAUUGCAAAUGAUUGGGACCAUAUAGAGGGCCUGAUUUGGAGUGUGGGUAGUAAGAUGUGUAUUACUGUACUAUGUAGUUCACUCAAUAGUGAGCCAUUGAGUUGGGAGAGUUACAGUGAUGGUAUAAAGAAAGUUCACCCCUUUUACACAUCAGGACAUAAUAAAGCAUUUAUUUAACAAAAGCUAAUCCAAAAUGCAGUCAGAGGAGUGGCUGCAAAACAAGCCAUAAUCAUCACCCCACCACCACCGUGCUCGACAGUUUGGUUGAGGAGUUUGUGCUGAUUUGCUGUGUUUGGUUUUCUCCAGAAGUGGUGCUGUGCAUUAUGGCCAAACAUCUCCACGUUAGUCUUGUCUGACAUUCUUCCAGAAGCCAUUCUUGUUCAGUCUUUUUCUAAUUGUGA